UUCCGCAACAUUUGCCCGUCUGUACUGAAACGUGCCAAAUGCCCCGCUGAUAAUAAAAAAAGAAAAGGCCAACCCAGCAGCGUUAGAUUCAUCUAACAGGAACACUGAAUGGUUUGAAGACAAGAUGGUUACUGCACACUUUGCAUUUCUUCAGCUCCUGCUGCUGUCACUCCUACUUGCCUCAGGGGUAGCUAUGCCCACCGAGGAAGGUGUUCCCUCCUUCCAUAUGGACAACGUGAUCCAGAUCAUAGAAGAACUUGAGCGCCUCAACCCGCAAUGGGAGAUCCUCGACACCGUGCAGUACUUUCGCCAGUGGCACAACUACAACAAUGCAUACCUGGAACAUCUUUUGGGCAAGCUGUCCCCUGCCAGUCAAGGCCUGAAACAAGAUCCUAAAGAGCCUCAAGGCAACCCAAUGGGCCAAAAAUUUAGCCCCAGUUAUUCAAGCUUCCUUGUGAAGGUCUUAAAGCACCAGGUGAUUGGAGAUGUGGAGAGUGGUGUGGUUUUAACACCAGAUGGAACCUCUGUGGCUGUAUCUCCUCUCAUAAUUGGCAUAGAAGCUGGCCUGAAACGAAACACCCGUGUCAUAACAGGCCUGGACAGUCUGAUUGCAGCAACACUAGGGAAAGAUCUUGGCUUGUCUCUCCUUAAUUUCCGCAAUGGCCUUCAGAGCAAAGCAUUGGGUCCCAAUGGCUGUUGGGAUAAUAUUUCUAGGGCCCAGGUUUACGUCCUUCUGGAUGAUCCUUCUCCAGUAACCGAUGCCUUUAUCAAUGGUGCAAUGGACGGAGUGGUUUUGGGUGCCCACCUUUCAAUACCUGACAAGCCCAACUCUUACAAUCUAAGUGCCUUGUUGAAGGACUACUACGUCUCCAGUGGGACAAAGAAGCCAAAGAAUGAUGUGGACCUGAGGAGCAAUUUCAGGCGCAGUCUUUUUGCCGCUCUGGUCAAUGUCAGUGUCCUGCAAGAUCAGGCUCUAGCGUCUGUCCUUCUGUACAAGAACCUAAGCAGUGAUUCUCAUCUAGUGGCUUUGGACGAAACACGUCUGCAUGACCCAGUGAAGCAAGGCAUACAGGAGUUCUACGAAACAUACGUUGAAUGUCCUACUAUUAUCCCCCGCUGCAUGUGGGGGGCUCAGCCCUAUAAAGGGACCCCAACUAAUCUGACCCUGCCUCUCAAGUUUGUCUACAUCCACCAUACAUACGAGCCCGGCCAGCCCUGUACCACGUUUGAACAAUGUGCUGCAGACAUGAGGAGCAUGCAGAGAUUCCACCAGAAUGACCGUCAGUGGGAUGACAUUGGCUACAGCUUUGUGGCUGGCUCCGACGGCUAUCUCUAUGAGGGGCGUGGAUGGUUCUGGGUGGGUGCCCACACAAAGGGACACAACUCUUUGGGUUAUGGAGUAAGCUUUAUUGGCAACUACAUGGAAGAGAUUCCAGCAGGCUUUACUCUUUCUCUGGUCAAAGACAGUUUUACUACAUGUGGAGUUCGAAAAGGUCACCUCGUCCCCAACUAUACUAUACAUGGCCACCGACAGCUGGUGGCUACAAGCUGCCCGGGUGACGCAUUAUAUUCAGAGAUAUCAACCUGGAAACACUUCAAGGAUGUCCAGAAGAUUCACCAGCAGAAGUCUAAAUAGAGGAAGCGUUUAAGCAAUGAAGCCUGCAUCAGAUGGACAGGAUUUCUAGACUGUUACAAACUGUGUGAUCUUUUCAAAGCUGUAAUAAAAAGGGUGGAAAUUUAGAAAUGUG